AUGGACUCUUUUAGGGAGCAGCCAAACAUGCCCAUAGAUAUUUUGCAAAAAAAGGUGAAAGCAAAAUGGAAUGUGGAUGUGCAUGUCAGUUCUUUGUAUAGGGCAAGGAAAAGAGCAAGGGAAAUUAUUUUUGGUAAACUGGAUGAGCAGUAUUAUCGGUUGUGGGAUUAUUGCUCCAUGGUUAGGAGCACUAACGUGGGCAGUUGUUUGAUAUUGAUGGUUGAGAGACCAAUGCCUCAGGUGCCAUGCAGAUUUCAAAGGCUGUAUUUUUCAUUGACAGCCAUGAAGAAUGGUUUUGUGGAAGGGUGUAGGCCUGUAGUAGGUCUUGAUGCAUGUUUUUUAAAGGGUACGUAUAAGGGGCAGAUGAUGGCUGCUGUGGGCAGGGAUGCCAACAACAACAUGUACCCUAUUGCAAUUGUUGUUGUAGAGGCUGAGACAAAAGACAGCUGGACAUGGUUUCUAGAGGCGCUUGUUACAGAUCUUGGCCCUACUCGACAUGGGUGGACUUUUAUUUCAGAUCGACAGAAGGGCCUCGUUCCAAGCCUAGAACAAGUAUGUCCGCAGUCCGAGCAUCGUACAUGUAUUAGACACUUGUACGCAAAUUUCAGGAACUCAGGUCAUAGGGGUGUGCUACUAAAGGAUCUUCUUUGGCAAGCUGCGGCAUCCUACACAAAGCAAGAAUUCAACAGAGUAAUGGAUGACAUAAAGAAGAUGAGUAAGGAUGCACAUGCCUACCUGGAGAAGAUUGACCCCAACACUUGGUGUAGGGGAUGGUUCAAUACAACUUGUAAGUCUGGCCUCUUACACAACAACACUUGCGAGAGCUUCAAUUCAUGGAUUAAAAAAUACCGUGACCAGACAAUCCUGAGUAUGUUGGAAGCUAUUAGAUAUAAGUUGAUGAGAAGGUAUGUGAGGAAGAAAGAAUUAAUCAGCUCAAUGGAGGAGGCUUUAGGGCCAAAGAUUAUAAAGAAGUUAGAAAAAGAAGAGGAUGAAGCUUCUAAUUGUUGGUGUACAUACGCCGGUCAAGGUAUGUUUGAAGUUGAGUGCAUGGGGAAGAAAUUUGUUGUAGAUGUGGAUGGUAGAACUUGUGGAUGUAGGAAAUGGGAUAUAACUGGUAUCCCAUGUUCUCAUGGCAUUUCUACCAUUUUACACCAAGGUGGAGACCCAGCCGAAUAUUUGAGUGAUUACUAUGGUAAGGAGAAGUACUACAAGUCAUAUGACUACACUGUCUUCCCUGUGCCAAGUGAAGAUCAGUGGCCAAUAAGCAACUAA